AUGAGUAGAGCCAGAGUUUUGAAACGAUUUGUUACGACGUCCACCGACAUUUCCAGGGCGGUAGCGACCGAAACGCUUCUCACUGGCACCGGUAAUGGCCCAUUUAUUGAAUUGCCCGAGUUUGAACCUCUUGGCAAUCCUACGAACUUAUUGAGCGUCAAAAUGCCCCAGUCGUCAAAUCUCAGCAUUCGGCAUGGGUCGCUCAUCGCCAUGAACGGCGACUUGGCUGGAGUUUCUAGUGUCAGUAGAAAGCUCUCUGACUCGUUCAAGUUCCAGGUUCUUCAGUCGGAGUCGGCCGUAUCGUUGAUUGUUGGUGGGAAAAUGAAGCCCAACCGCAUGAAUAACUACACACUUUUACACAUCUCGGACAAGAGUGAGACCUGGACCGUGUUCAACGAUAGUAGUGUCGUGGCAUGGACCGGUUACGGCCUCGAGAUUGAGCCCACCCAUGUCCUCAGUCGCUGGAAUAGUGUGAAGACGAUUGGCAAAGGACAUGUUCUUGUGAGUGACGGCAAUAAGAUGCUCGAGAUUGACAUCCCUGAGCACGAGAGUGUGUUUGUGACACCCAACAGUUUAGUGGCCUCCACGGUGGAACCGGUGUUUCGGACGAUACAGACGUUCAAUGUGCUUCCAAAGAUGCCUCAGUUAUCACUUCGGUGGAAAACACCCCGGUUUGUCGCCAACGCGUACGCCCGAGCAGUGGAGCGCUUGGGAGCUCAGAACGUGGUAGCAGAGGUGUCCCGGCUGGCCACGCGGUUCAAGUACCACAUCAAUAAUGUGGUCCUUUUCGUAAGACUCUACGUGGUGAACCGAGUGUUUGGAAAACCUAUCUGGGCACAGAUCUCGGGUCCCAGCAAACUCCUUGUCAGCACCAAUGAACAAGUUCGUGGGGAGCGGGUGUUUACCAAACAAGAGAUUGAAGACAUUUACCGGACAUAA